AUGUACUUUUUUGAAAAUGAGGCUGGUCAAGCACUCACUGAUGCUCAAUAUCGCGACAAAAUAACCAAGUUCUUAAUGCCCGAAUUGGAUGAAAUUGAUAUCCAGGACAUGUGGUUUCAACAAGAUGCUGCGAUAUGUCAUAGAGCCCGUGAAACAAUACAAUUACUGGAUGAGAGAUUUCCCGGUCGCGUAAUCUCUCCCUUUUCGGUGGUCGACGAAAAAUUGCUCCUCAUAGUUUUGUCUGCUUCUGAGGAUGAGAGCUCUUGUGUGGUGUGUUUUGGUACUGAUUCUCUUUCAAUUUGGCACUAUCGACAGCGCAAAUUCUUUGCGUCGACCCGCGAGACAAGCGAUCCUCGACAACAGAUACAACGGCUACCAGUAUCCUCGUAG